AUGUCUAAGCCUUCCCCGUCGCCCAAGGACGUCGUGAAAUACUUAAAGAGAAGAUCUGGUGACCUUUUGCAUUUACACAGCGACAGUGGCAUGAAACCGGUGGAAGAACACGCCGACGCGAAGUCGGGGCCUUGUAAUAGACUUUCGUUCGACGUUGGUGUCUGCGAAAAUCGAAAUUCAAGGUAUAGACCCAGUAUGGAGGACGUUCACACGUAUGUGGCAAACUUUGCUGAGAGGCUGGAUUGGGGGUAUUUUGCGGUGUUUGACGGCCACGCGGGCAAAAAUGCUGCCAGGUGGUGCGGUUCGAAUCUACACAACAUCCUCGUGGAGAAGAUAAUGGAUGAUGACAACGUGGACCUGCGCGAGAACCUGAACAACAGUUUUCUGGAGGCAGACGUGCAGAUGGAGCGCGAAAUACAAGGUUCCAGCGGAUGCACUGCCGCGGUGGCGGUGCUGCGAUGGGAGGAGGAGAUUGACGAUUCCGAGAGCGAGGACGAGAUCGACCCAAAGACGACGCCGUUCGACUUCGUGCCCACCAAGAAACACAAACGAAUGCUCUACACGGCCAACGUGGGGGACUCGCGGAUCGUGCUGUGUCGCGGGGGACGAGCUGUGCGGCUCUCGUACGACCACAAAUCUUCAGAUAAGCUGGAACAGCAGCGGAUCGUGAACAGCGGCGGAAUAAUGCUCAAGAAUCGCGUGAACGGCGUUUUGGCAGUGACGCGCUCGCUCGGCGACGUUUACAUGAAAAGCCUCGUGAUAGGGGCGCCCUUUACGACAUGCACAGAGUUGACCGACCAGGACGACUUUCUGAUACUGGCAUGCGACGGGUUGUGGGACGUCUGCUCGGACCAGGACGCCGUGGACCUGAUUAAGGACGAGAUGGACCCGUACAAGGCGAGCGACACGCUGUGCAAGCUUGCUAUCAGUAAGAUGAGCACCGACAACGUGACGGCCAUGGUGGUGCGGUUUGACACAAGGGUGUUUGCCUAUACAGAGCCGCGCCGCCGCGCAGCAGAGUGA